AUGCCUGUGGGAUUUGAAACACCAGUCAAGCAAAGAUCUGCCAUCGUCUUUCACCUGAGGAUACUAUUGAGCGGAAUCAGAAGUGAGAUCGCUAUUCUACAUUUGCAAGCCGGGUCAAAAGACAAUAUUCGUGAAUUAUGGUAAGAAGUAAGCUGGCGUACUAUUUUCAGUCCGAGCAUUGCAGGUAGGCUUCAAACCUGUCAACAAAAGCAGUUCAGCGAAGGUGAGAAAAUAUUCUAACAAUCAGCCUAAGAGUAUUUUGAUGGGUUUCAGAGCGGAUUCUGGUCAGUAA